UGCGACCUUAACGCUCCGCUCCAGAACCUCAUCUUCCGCUACCUGCAGAACAGGUCCAGGAUCCAGGUGUGGCUUUAUGAGCAGGUGAACAUGCGGAUAGAAGGCUGCAUCAUUGGCUUUGAUGAAUAUAUGAACUUGGUGCUGGACGACGCAGAGGAGAUUCACUCCAAAACAAAGUCAAGGAAGCAGCUGGGUCGGAUCAUGUUAAAAGGGGACAAUAUCACCCUUCUACAAAGCGUUUCUAACUAGGAUUUGUUGUUCUUCGCUUAGAACAAUGGCUGCGGUGCUUCGGGGUGAAUAAAGUGCUAGUAGGAGCAGGAGAAGCGAGUAGGCAGGAAGUUAUGCGUAACUGGGGUCACAAGCGGAGUGGAAAACCACGCGUCCCUUUGUACAAGUAAUUUUUUUUUUUUUGUAGUUUGAAAUGGUGGAUGAUGUCCUUCACAAAUAAACGUUUUUCACAUUAACUGUAAACGUAAAUCUGCUUGCUUUCAGUCUCAUGCCCUUCUGUGAGUGGAGGAGGGGGAGAAAUGUAUUCAAAGUGAUUUUCACCGUGGAUCUGGGCGUUCUGGAAUGUU